UCUACAGUGCGGCGUUCACUUUGUUUGCAUUGCUAUCAGUCUUCCCUGACAAAACUCUAGGGACUGAGUGACAUUUUAUAACAGAGUGUCUCAACGUAAUCUCCAUAGAAGAGGCAAAAAUUUAACUUUUAGUUUAAAUCACUCGGUCGAAGUUAUCCAAAUAUGAAAUACUUCCUCAGCGUAUUAAUUUUUUCACUAUAUGCGCUGACAGCGUCAGCUGACGAACAGGUUGGCACCCACGUGGACCAGAUCCAGACCCGCGACGUGACGCAAGUGCUGUUCCUGAACAACCCUUACGACGCGGGCGACUGGGGCCCUAUCGGCAUCUGCCCGGAGUUCAGCUUCGUGCACGCCUUUGAGAUCCUCUUCUACCCGCCCGGAGCCGUGGACGAGACCGCCAUCAACGCGGUGAAGCUCUACUGCAGCACGGAGCAACAAGUGGUCUCUGCAACCGGUCCUGAAGGGGACUGGUACGGAUACGUGGUCUCUGCAACCGGUGCUGAAGGAGACUGGUACGGCAUGAGGGUCUGCCCGAAAACUUUCAUCACGGGUUUCCGGGCGCAGGUUCUGGAGUAUCAGGGACCGUUUACAGACGACGUCGCCGUGCAGGAUUUUGAAGCUGAGUGCAACUUUGGCGAAGAUAUUCUACCGGGAAUUGCGGCUGCGAAUGAAAAGGGCAAGUUCAACGUUGGCGAGUGGAGCGUCUGGGCUCGUUGUGAAGCAGGCAGCGCAGUCUGUGGUCUCCAGACACGCGUGGAAGCUCCCCAGGUGGCCGACGAUGACACGGCCGUGACGGACGUGAACCUUUUCUGCUGCCCCCGCAGCGCCAGCAAUGCUACUAAACACAACGCUUAAUGCGACAUAUUUUAAUCGUCACAGUUUGCUUCGUCUGUUUCUGAUUAAUAAAUUUUAUUUCAGGUGUGACUGGCGUUGAAAUUGCCUCUAAA